CAUUUGACAUCGGAGCUCAUUCGACGUUCGUCCACUAGUGCCAGUGGGAGGAAAAAUUUCUUCUUCCCUUGUGUGUGAGAAAAGAAAAAAAACCCUUAAUUUCGCGUGUUCCGCUAGUCUUUGGAUGGGCGAUUCCAGCACUGAUCAGCAGCAAUCCAGCACUAGCACUAGCACCAGCACCAUGAAACCGACCAACGGAACCGAAAACGGCAGCAGCGUCAAGACCCCGUUCCUGAUCGGAGUGGCGGGAGGAACCGCCAGCGGAAAGUCGACGGUCUGCAAACGGAUCAUGGAACAGCUGGGCCAGGCUGACAUGGACCACACGCAGCGACAAGUCGUCUCGAUCAGCCAGGACAGCUUCUACCGGGAGCUAACCUCCGCGGAGAAGGUCCGCGCCGAGAAGGGUCAGUUCAACUUUGACCAUCCGGACGCGUUCAACGAGGAGUUGAUGCUGAAAACUCUGCAGGACGUGCUGCAGGGCAAGAAGGUCGAGAUCAACGAGUACGACUACCGCACAAACUCGGUCUGCCCGGACCGGAAGUUGACCAUCUACCCCGCAGACGUGGUGCUGUUCGAGGGCAUCCUCGUGUUUUACUUCCCCGCGAUCCGGGAUCUGUUCCACAUGAAGCUGUUUGUGGACACGGACUCGGACACGCGGCUGGCGAGAAGAGUGCCCAGAGACAUCAACGAGCGGGGCCGCGACCUGGAGCACGUUUUGAACGCGUACAUGACGUUUGUGAAGCCAGCCUUCGAGGAAUUUUGCUCCCCGACUAAAAAGUUUGCUGAUGUGAUUAUUCCACGUGGGGCUGAUAACACAGUGGCCAUCGAUCUGAUCGUGCAGCACAUCCGCGAGUUCCUGAACAACCGCACCCGGCAGGACCACAGUCCCCAUCUGGCGACGGCCGGCACCAGUGCCCUCAAUCUGCCCCGCGGCCGAGCAACCUUCAAACACUAAAAAAAAAACCCUCCAAAAUCAACACCAACAGUAGAAGCAACACCAUAAGAAGCUGAUUUCUUCUGCUAAGUUUUUUUUCGGUUUGACGUUUUGUUAGUUCCGCAACAAAAUAAAAGUUUCAACCCGGAUUUCAAAAGCGUCGUGCCAACCCGGAAUUUGUUUGACUCACACUAACGUAGAGAGUGGCUAAUAUGUAAGCUAGUAUUUAGUUAAGUUUUCAAAUAAUUAAUAGUUUUUUACCUAACAAAUCCGAGUUUACUUCAUCCGCAUACAAAUCUCAUACGAAUUUGACUUGACAUUUGUUCUUUCCCCCACAAACUCUCUCCAGUUUAAGCAUUUAUGAACUGAUUGAUAAUUUUGUUUUGUUCUGAUUCAAAUCCGACCCCUCUAGUCCGAUACUUCGUUUUUCAUUGAGACAAAAACAAUAGCAGAAGUAAAACGAAACGCACUUGACAGAACGAAAAAUAUAGUAAACAAAGUAAAAACAAACAAACGCUGAGCGCGCUUGCAAGACUUGUCAACACACAAACAUCUGUGUAAAAAAAAACGUCAAACAAAUCGCACCCAUAAACGGCUACUAACGGCAGCAAAUGUUAGACCCCCCGAUACCAAAAAUUAGCGCUAGUACCAUGCAAGUCAGACAACAACAAACAAAACAAAACAAUGUGGCAUAACUCUUUCCUUGGCGUUAUUGUCCCUUGCACGAAGCGUUUUAACCUCACCUUUUUUUCACUCUCAGCAGCACUAUCUUUAGCAAAACAGUUUCACUGAGCAUUCGCUGAGAGAAAAUUUGUAGUCUCUCUUCUCUCUUGCGCGAGUUAUCAGUCAACUGAAAGCGUGAAACGUCAAACGCCGCGCAAAUGUUUGUAAACAUUUAAAUCUUGGGUGCUCAGGGAAACAAUAAGAUGAUAUUUUGAGAUUUUCUUCAUCGUUUCCAAUCGUUUUCACUUUCGUCCGGGAGAUACGCCCACUUGUGAAAAGAGAUUUUUUGAGAUGUCUUCCUCAACAAACGUCAAACACCGUACAAACUUUUCAGCGAAUUUUUUUUCUCGGGUGGUAAAGAAAAGUGUGAUUAAAACGCUUCCUGCAAAAGACAAUACUCCCGUUGUAGUUGAAAAGUGUCAAAAUUCCCCAUCCGUUUCCAUGUUGUUGAUUCACAUGUUUCCUUCGCCAUAUUGUUAAAACCGUUUUUGUUUUCUUUGUUUAUGUUAUAUAUUUAAUUAUAACUGAAUACUCUUUCCCCGUUGUAACGUUUUGCAACGUUUUGCCGCAACUCUACUCAACGUACUCAAACUCAAACUAAAUGCAAUUGCCAUAAACGUAAACAAAUAAUGUUAAAACGUUAAAAAUAAACAAAACUAAAACCAACCCCGCAAAAAAGAUGAGCGCACCCCCUCCCCUUCGACCAGCUUCAGACGGUUCUCGUCGACCAUCAUCAACCGGAAGCUGUUCUCGGUUGUUUUCAACUACUAAACUCUGGUGGUGGCGAAACGCAGCAAAAGCAAUACAAGAAGAAACAAAGCAAAACUUAGUGUGAGCGCCUAGAGACAAGCAAAAAAAAAAACAAAAGAUGUAAACAAACAAUACAGUGUAACCACAUUGACUUGAUAUUAAAGGAGGAGAUUUUUUUGUAGAGAAAAUAAUAAAACUUUAACCAAAUUGAAUAGGGGCCUUUUGGAAUGCAAAGAAAAAAAUUACUAAGGUUAGAGCUUAUGUUAGCUUUACUUUUUUUCAUCAGUAGUUACCACCGUGAAAUAAUUUGCGCUAUGAAUUUAUAGGUUAUAAAUAAUCAAAAGUACAUUUUGGAUUACAAAUUUGGGAAGCUCUAUUUUAUAGCUAGGAUGUAACGGUUUAUAUUUUUUAUCUUUCUAUUACGGUUCUGUUGAAUAAAUUUAUAUGAGUUCGAAA